AUGAAGACUGGCGGAAUCGUAGGAAUAUAUGUUGGAGUAGUGGUUUCUGUUUCGGUUGUAGCUUCUGACUCUGCUGGUAGGAUGACAAAAACUCAAAAACCUAAAGUUGUAACUAAUAGAAAACGAACUCCUGCCUUCAUAAACCUUUCUAAGCAGGACAAAACAGAAGCGUCUACUCGUAGUAGAGGGACUAAACAGAAAUCUAACGUAUCGUCUAUCACAAAAACAACAAAUGUUAUCCCAUCCAACGAAUUACUUAAACAAACAAAUGCUACUUCACCCAAAGAAAUGGCACCUCAACCCCUAACAUUAAAGGAAGCUCACGAACCAGCUCGAACCCCUGAGUUAGCUCAAGUUCAGGCAAGGUCAUAUCAGAUUUCCAUAGGUUCUGUCAAUGCCGUACCUGAUUGCAGAUCUAGUAAUAAUGGGGAGGCUGAGGUUGCUACAUAUUAUUCCUUGAAGAAGGCAACAGCCAAAGCUGUUGUCAAUGGUUCAGAGGAGUGUGUGUUGAUUGAUACUGGAAGCUCUGCCAGUUUCAUUAGCGAUCUGAAGAUUAAGCCAUUCAAUGAGAGAAUUCCAAUGGCAUCUACUUCUCUCUUUCAAGAACUUACAUUGUCUGUCCUUCCUGACAUUUGCGCUAAUGUGGUCUUUGGUCAUGAUGCACCAUGGAAGUGUGAACCUGUACUUUGGCGGUCCCAAGCAACGCUAACUGUAUGUGGUCUUGCUGUACCAAAUGUUGCACCCGCGUCACUCUUUGAAUAUCUUUUACCGGAUUAUGAAGUAACCCUUUUGGAUGCUAAUGCUGAAUAUGCUCAUAUUCGCUAUCUGUACGGAAGUGAAAUAACAGUAUCGACGAGAUAUCUUGCUCCUAUUGGGAGAAACAGAAAUUCUGCCGUAUAUGACGAGGAGCUAGAUAGCAAUCAGGAGAAACCUAUUGGCACUAAAGCUGAGGAACACCUGACCUGA